AUGAAGCCAAUAGCCUUCUCUGCUUUCUCCUUUUGGCUGGCUCUCCUUUUGGCUGGCUUCCUUGGCAUACAAAUCACUGGCAGUUUUGUGAGAAGUCAGAAGAACCAUACGCUAAUUUUCACCAAGGAAAACACAAUUCGCAACUGCAGCUGCUCGACAGAUAUUCGUGAUUGUGAUUACAGCCUGGCAAACUUGAUGUGCAAUUGCAGAACAGUGCUGCCUUCUGCCCUGGUAAAAACUACCUACAACAGCCACCUGACCAUUUGGUUCACAGACACCACUGUGCUGGAGGUGCUCCUCAACUUCACAAGGGUGUGGGAUUUGAAGCUGUCCUUCUGCGGCACCACUCCUCUCCCAACUGAAUACUUGACCAUUUGGGGACUUCGCAAGCUCCGAGUAAAGAAGGUCAAGGGACUAUUUCCAGAGCAAAGUGUCACCAUCUACAGCAGCAGCAAAAAUGAAAAAGAUGACUUGCUUGCAGUACACAACAAAGACAGACAAAUGCUUGUGUAUCUUUCUUUUCUCGAUACCUCACUUUUCAAUGGAUAUUCUUUGCUGAAGUCAUACAGCGUGGAGAACAUCUCCAGUAUCACAGAGCACUUCCCAAGCUUAAUGUACUCUGAUAUUUCCUCAACCUCAGAUAACAAGAGCUAUGUCGUAACCUUCAUUUACUGAGUUAUUUAACAUAGUCAGUGGCCAGAGGCAUGUCAAACUGCUCAGAGAGAGAUGGGGUUUCUUUCAAUUCUCUUUGAGUUGGCCAAGAGAAGUUGUUGCAGGAUAGACAUUCUGACUGUGAUAGUACUUUACAAAGUGAUUUUACAGUAAGAGAGACUCAUCAGACUGAUUCAGCAAACACUUUCCUAAAGAAAAAAGACAACGUGAAA